UAGUAGCUAGCAUAAGAUGGCUGACGCCGAGGAUAUCCAGCCCCUCGUCUGCGAUAAUGGAACUGGUAUGGUCAAGGCUGGGUUCGCCGGAGAUGAUGCGCCCAGGGCUGUCUUCCCCAGCAUUGUCGGCCGCCCUCGCCACACCGGUGUCAUGGUCGGAAUGGGCCAGAAGGACGCCUACGUCGGCGACGAGGCGCAGUCCAAGAGGGGUAUCUUGACCCUCAAGUACCCCAUCGAGCAUGGUAUCGUCAGCAACUGGGAUGAUAUGGAGAAGAUCUGGCAUCACACCUUCUACAACGAGCUCCGUGUGGCCCCGGAGGAGCACCCCGUCCUCCUCACCGAGGCUCCUCUCAACCCCAAGGCCAAUCGUGAGAAGAUGACCCAGAUCAUGUUUGAGACCUUCAACACCCCUGCUAUGUACGUCGCCAUCCAGGCCGUCCUCUCUCUGUAUGCCAGUGGUCGUACCACAGGUAUUGUGUUGGACUCUGGUGAUGGUGUCAGCCACACUGUCCCCAUCUAUGAAGGAUAUGCUCUCCCCCAUGCUAUCCUUCGUCUCGACCUUGCUGGGCGUGAUCUCACUGAUUACCUCAUGAAGAUCCUGACGGAGCGUGGUUACUCAUUCACCACAACGGCCGAGCGGGAAAUUGUGAGGGACAUGAAGGAGAAGCUUUCCUACAUCGCCCUGGACUAUGACCAGGAAAUGGAGACUGCCAAGACCAGCUCCUCCGUGGAGAAGAGCUACGAGCUUCCUGAUGGACAGGUUAUCACCAUUGGUGCUGAGCGUUUCCGCUGCCCUGAGGUCCUCUUCCAGCCUUCCUUCAUAGGAAUGGAAGCUGCGGGUAUCCAUGAGACUACAUACAACUCCAUCAUGAAGUGCGACGUGGAUAUUAGGAAGGAUCUAUAUGGCAACAUCGUUCUCAGUGGUGGUACCACUAUGUUCCCUGGCAUUGCUGACAGGAUGAGCAAGGAGAUCACUGCCUUGGCUCCUAGCAGCAUGAAGAUCAAGGUGGUCGCCCCUCCUGAAAGGAAGUACAGUGUCUGGAUUGGAGGAUCCAUCUUGGCAUCUCUCAGCACAUUCCAGCAGAUGUGGAUUGCCAAGGCUGAGUACGACGAGUCUGGCCCAUCCAUUGUGCACAGGAAAUGCUUCUAAUUCUUCGGACCCAAGAAUGCUAAGCCAAGAGGAGCUGUUAUCGCCGUCCUCCUGCUUGUUUCUCUCUUUUUGUUGCUGUUUCUUCAUUAGCGUGGACAAAGUUUUCAACCGGCCUAUCUGUUAUCAUUUUCUUCUAUUCAAAGACUGUAAUACCUAUUGCUACCUGUGGUUCUCACUUGUGAUUUUGGACACAUAUGUUCGGUUUAUUCAAAUUUAAUCAGAUGCCUGAUGAGGGUACCAGAAAAAAUACGUGUUCUGGUUGUUUUUGAGUUGCGAUUAUUCUAUGAAAUGAAUAACAUCGAAGUUAUCAUCCCA